CUGAGGAUGAAAGUAGGAGAGGCUUAGAAAUAGUGUAUAAAAACCCUCAUGCUCUAAAUGAAAGAGCAGUGGAGAGUUGCAGAGAUUUCUGAGUAUUGUUCAAGCAAAGAUGAUACGAGGUGCAGUGCGAGUUGGAGUUUUGUCAUGGCUUUGCUUUUUUCUUCUUGUGGUGAGUGUGGUGGUGGGUAGAGAUGUGGUGGGGCAUGAUGACGAGGAGAAGUUUCUGGGUAUUGGUAACGGAGGUGGGUUUGGCGUUGGAGGUGGAGGUGGUGGUGGUGGAGGGUUUGGAGGUGGAUAUGGGGGAGGAGCUGGAGGUGGUGGGGGAUUUGGAGGUGGAUAUGGGGGUGGAGCUGGUGGUGGUGGUGGGGGUGGGGGUGGGGGUGGGUUUGGUGGGGGUAGUGGCGGCGGGCUCGGUGGCGGGCAUGGGAUUGGUGGUGGAGUAGGUGGAGGAGCUGGUGGUGGUGGUGGUCUGGGAGGCGGGCAUGGUGUUGGUGGUGGAGCCGGUGGUGGAAUUGGAAAAGGUGGAGGAGUUGGCAAGGGUGGCGGGGUUGGAGGUGGUGCAGGUGGUGGAUUUGGUAAGGGAGGUGGAGUUGGCGGUGGGAUUGGCAAGGGUGGCGGAGUUGGUGGUGGUGCAGGCGGUGGAUUUGGCAAGGGUGGUGGAGUUGGGGGAGGGGCUGGUGGAGGCAUUGGUAAGGGUGGUGGAGUUGGAGGUGGUGCAGGCGGUGGAUUUGGGGGAGGGGCUGGUGGAGGCAUUGGCAAGGGUGGUGGAGUUGGAGGGGGAGCUGGUGGAGGAGUAGGCAUUGGUAAAGGUGGUGGAGUUGGAGGGGGAGUUGGUGGUGGAGCUGGGGGAGGAUUUGGAAAAGGUGGUGGAGUAGGUGGUGGACAUGGAAAAGGUGGUGGAGUUGGUGGGGGCGCCGGUGGAGGAUUUGGAAAAGGUGGUGGCAAGGGAGGUGGAGGUGGUGGAGGCGGUGGAUUUGGGGGAGGGGCUGGUGGAGGCAUUGGCAAGGGUGGUGGAGUUGGAGGAGGAGCUGGUGGAGGAGUAGGUGGUGGAGCUGGGGGAGGUGUUGGUGGAGGCAUUGGUAAGGGUGGUGGAGUUGGAGGGGGAGCUGGUGGAGGAGUAGGUGGUGGAGCUGGGGGAGGAUUUGGAAAAGGUGGUGGAGUAGGUGGUGGGCAUGGAAAAGGUGGUGGAGUUGGUGGGGGCGCCGGUGGAGGAUUUGGAAAAGGUGGUGGCAAGGGAGGUGGAGGUGGUGGAGGCGGUGGAUUUGGGGGAGGGGCUGGUGGAGGCAUUGGCAAGGGUGGUGGAGUUGGAGGAGGAGCUGGUGGAGGAGUAGGUGGUGGAGCUGGGGGAGGUGUUGGUGGAGGCAUUGGUAAGGGUGGUGGAGUUGGAGGGGGAGCUGGUGGAGGAGUAGGUGGUGGAGCUGGGGGAGGAUUUGGAAAAGGUGGUGGAGUAGGUGGUGGGCAUGGAAAAGGUGGUGGAGUUGGUGGGGGCGCCGGUGGAGGAUUUGGAAAAGGUGGUGGCAAGGGAGGGGGAGGUGGUGGAGGCGGUGGAUUUGGGGGAGGGGCUGGUGGAGGCAUUGGCAAGGGUGGUGGAGUUGGAGGAGGAGCUGGUGGAGGAGUAGGUGGUGGAGCUGGGGGAGGUGUUGGUGGAGGCAUUGGUAAGGGUGGUGGAGUUGGAGGGGGAGCUGGUGGAGGAGUAGGUGGUGGAGCUGGGGGAGGAUUUGGAAAAGGUGGUGGAGUAGGUGGUGGGCAUGGAAAAGGUGGUGGGGGCGCCGGUGGAGGAUUUGGAAAAGGUGGUGGUGGAGGAAUCGGAAAAGGUGGUGGGGUUGGUGGAGGUGCUGGUGGUGGAAUAGGAGGUGGCUCUGGUGGUGGAGUCGGCGGAGGAUUCGGCAAAGGUGGCGGAAUUGGUGGAGGUAUAGGAGGAGGUGCUGGCGGUGGGUUUGGUGGAGGAGCAGGUGGGGGUGGAGGCGGUGGAUUUGGUGGCGGAGGUGGUGGAUUUGGUGGCGGAGGUGGUGGUGGAAUUGGACAUCCCUGAAAACGUUGCAUGAAAAUAGACAGACAUACAAGAAUGCAUCUGUGCAGAAGUAACGAGAGUCUAAUGACACUACUAUCCUAUUCCUAUAUUAAUUCCCAUCGUUAGUACGUGGAAAAUUUUUCACGUUUGUUUUAGCUAAAUCUCUCCCUACCUAUUCUCAUAUGUGUUCACUUAUUCUGCUUUAGAUGUUUGUCCCCAUCCCCAAUUUACUAUAAAUACAAAUAUUUCUAUUCCUUAAUAUCUUUGCUUGCAACAUCUGUC